CACCACCACCACCACCAUCACUACCAUCAUCAUCACAAUAAUAAUACAGGCUUUAUUGACCAUUAUUUCUCCUUUUUCUUCUCGCUCUUUCAGCCGUUUAUCUCCGACAUAUUUAUUCGUACUUUAGCUUUAGUAGCUCGUGUAAGUUUUUCUGCAGCGCUAACCAACUCUGAGUGGUUUUCUUGUCCUAACCAGAGGGGACGCCCAAGUUACCUGAGAUGAUUUGUAAUUAUUAUAAAGCUGACAUAAGCUUCUGCUUUGGUUAUUACUGAAACUUAUAAUCCAUGAUGGAUCCUAGUGACCAUCCCUCCCCAAGUCACAAUUUCUUUGAUCCUGCCAGUAUUUUAAGUUCAGCAGCAUUUGGUCCUGCAUCAGUGACCAGCAGUCUGGCUUUUCCACACCUGGCUCACAUGCCAAGUGCUUUCUCAAUGCUUGGCCACCCACCUGGUUUUCCAAUUCCACCAUCCUUUGGAGGGCUUGGUGUCUUGGGCGAUGGAUUAACCAGUCCUUUACGGCACUCUCUCAACCAUGCUGCAGCAGCACCUCUCCUUCACACAUUUGGUAGCAGUCCAGUGUUUGGCCUGUCUGCAGGAAAGAACACAGUGACCAAAUCCAGUACGACCGUAGCUACCACCACCACAAGUAGUGUACGAACUUGUCUAAGUUCAAGCAGUCGCAGUAGUCACAUGCCAGUCACGAGUUCCACAAAUGCACACUCGAAAUCUAAGCAGCGUUCGAAACAACGGCAGCAUCCAGCACAUCGAGAGUCAGCUGCAAUAGUGACUUCACUGCAUCGAGAGCCAGGUGGGCCAUUAGGAUUACACAUUCCACUUGGCUCUUCAUCAUCGUCGUCGUCUAUAUCUCCAUCUUCAUUGGUUUCCUCUUCUCAGUCUCACCGGGCUUCAACGUCAACUACCACCACCACAUCUACUAAGUCUACUGCUGUUGUACAGUCCCAUACAAAUACGGGGGGGCACAAACAUGGCUUAUUGCAAGAUAAAAAUAUGUCUCCUGUCACAUCACAAAACUUGAAGAAAGUUUCUGCUACUGACCACCAAAUAGAUAACACCAAGAAAAAACUCUUAGCUGAACAAAUUCGACAGAAAAUGAAGUCCAUCUUAACUCCACUACAGACGCCUGUUUAUAAACCUGAAUUACACCAACCACGAGCAAAAGGUCGGCCUCCAAAACAAUUAUCAACUGCUGUAAUGGAUAUGAGAGAAACAAAUUCCGAGGAUAAACCAUUGCAGUUGGUUAAAAAGCCAGUUCAUCAAAACAAUGAAGAACUAUCAAUGUAUCGGCCACUUGAUCUGAAAACCCCCAUCUCUUCAUCUGCUCAUGUUCCUGGUGUCAAAAAUAAAUCAGAGAAUGGUGACUCUAAAAGUAGUUUAUUGUCAAGUAGUUUCUCAGCUAACGGCCAAAACGAUUCUGUCAUCACCAAAUACAAAUUGAUGAGUGAUAAAAACAGUUCCAAUAGUAGCAGUUCUGAUGACGAUUCUGAUUCUGGUUCAGAAAGUGACAGUUCCGAUAGUUCAGACAGUGGAUCUUGUUCAGAAAGUAUGGAAUCAGAUGAUGAUCAAUCGACCCGUGACAGUGAAAAUAGUUCAACAUCUUUAAGUACAGGAGACAAAAGAACUGCUGAUAUUAGUGGGAAUGGCUCUGGAACAUCUGCUCCUGUGAAGAAACGCCGUGUCAUAGAUGAAAAAGAGUUACGGAUUCCUCUAGAACACAGUUGGCAACGACAAACCAAAAUUAGGGGUAUUGGAAAACGUGGUAUCAUUGGAGAAGUCAUGUACCAUGCUCCAUGUGGUAAAAAGCUUCGUACUUAUUCAGAUGUGAUGAGGUAUCUAGAGAAAAAUGGUAUCACAGAUUUGUGCAAAGAGAACUUUUCCUUCAGCACUAAAGCUCCCAUUGGGGAAUUUUUUGAACAGCGACAUGGUGAAAAUGUAAGAAGUCUUAUUGCUUAUCUUUACUUCCAUUUAUUUUAUACAUCUGUACUUGGACAGAUCCAGUCUAUCCAAACUGUGAAAGCAGCACAACAAGCAGCAGAAUUGAAAAUGCAAAGGAAAUUAGAACGACAAAAGCAGAAAGAAAUGGCCAAAAAGGUUAAACAAAUAAAAGCCAUUGAACGGAAACAAAUGAAAGAACAAGAAAAGCAGGUUAAACAACAGGAAAAGCUAAAACGUCAAGAACAACUGCGAAUGGAACGAGAAAUUCGGGCUCAACAAGUCUUGGAGUCCAAUCUGUUUUGGUAUCACCUGGAACGAGAACGUGAAAUGAAACGCCAACAAGCUGUCAUGAUGAGAGAACAGGAACGAGAACGACGUCGGCAGCACAUGUUGUUGGUGAAAUCCCUUGAAGCCCGGCGACGACAAGAAGAAAGGGAGCGAUUAAAAGAAGAAAAACAGAAAGAAAAAUUGAUAGAAAGAGAACGGAAAUUGAAUCAGAGAAGAGUUGAGCUUCAAAUUGCGGCUGAGUUGAAAAAGCCUAUUGAAGACAUGGAGAUCAAAGACAUCAAGGAAUUACCUCAGCUGCCUCGGAUAGAAGGUGUCUGCUUAGCAGGAAAAGCCUUUGCCGAUGCUUUGAUGGUACUGGAAUUCAUGCAUAAUUUUGCCAAAGCCUUAUCAAUACCUGAAGAUUUUAUUCCAGACAUGACUGACUUACAGAACUGUUUGAUGGGAGACAAGAAAGAGGAUUUAGAUAAAUACAUAAGCUAUGCUAGCAAACUUCUGAAGACUGCCCUCACUGACCCUGGAGUGCCAAACCCAAAAGAAGCUAUCACAGCGUUGGGCCAGAAAAUCGUUGACAUUGAACUAGAUGACACCGUGAUUUCAGAAGUUUUACGAAUAUUUGUUAUCUCACGGAAUAAUGGGGAUAAUGAGAUCUCAGAAUGGUUAAGUGAGAAACCAUUAAAAGCUUUAAAUGCCACACAGAAGGCUUCUGUUCUGGCUUUUCUAUGCAAUGAACUUCUUUGUGGCAGACUUUUGUCAAAUGAAGUUGAGAAAACUAUUGAAAGUAUGUCGACUUUGAGGCGGGAUAAAUGGAUUGUCGAAGGAAAACUGAGACGAUUAAGGAUUAUACAAGCAAAGAAGUACAACCGUCCGUCACCUAAGAUCUCCCUCCAUGAAAGUUCUUCCCCACUGCUGGAUGAAGACAGUCACGCAACCAAUGUGUCUGGUAGUAAACAGGGCAGCGAUGAAGAAGAGGACAGUGGCAAUGACAGUGAUAUCACUACGGUCACAAGUGUUGGGAUUAUAUCAGAAGGAGAGGAGGAAGAUCCGAUUAAUUCUGAAGAUUGUGAGAAAAAAAUAGAAAAGUUACAAAGGCAACACAGUCAGUAUCAACACAAAGUGUUUGAAGCUUCUCAUAAACUGCGGGCAGUUUCUUUUGGUCAAGAUCGUUUCAAGCGCCGUUACUGGCUUCUGCCGUAUUGUGGAAGGUUGUUUGUUGAAGGGCUGGAAUCUGGUGCCAUGGGGAGCGAGGAUGAAGAAGAAGAAGAGACUGGCGGUGAAGAUGAAAACGAGAUCGAUUACGAAAACAAUGAAGAUACCGAAAGCAAAUCUCAGACGGGAAGCGAAGAUUUAAAGGACAGCAUUAAGAAAGAACCGAAGAGUGAAGAUGAGGAAGAAGAGGACGAAGAAGAGAUGGACAGAAAGGAACUAAUGGAUUGUAAGCUAUCGGAACCCAUAGCUAACAGCACUCCUGUAAAGUGUGAAUCACCAAAGACAGACCAUAAAUCAAAUUCAAAAAAUAGUAUUAGUCAUGUUAAAGAAGAAAACCCUACUAAUUUAUUUCUACAAAAACCAGAAGCUACCAAAUUUAGUGAUUUAAUUCAUAUUUCCAAACCAGACGGUGCCCCUACUUCACAAGAUACUAAGUCUAAUAUUGUAAAUAGCCAUCAUGACAGUGGCACAUCACCAACCACAUCGUCAUCUGUAAAUACAUCAUCUCUAAACAACUCCACAUUAUCCACACACUCAGACACUAAGCCCAGUUUUGUCAGCAUUGACUCUCUCCUGAAGAAAGACCAUGAACCCAGUAGUCCUACGCUGCCAUUUGUCCCCUCAAUGGCUACCUACCCCAUGCCCCCAAUCUUCACGGACCAACUCCUGAAAACUGCUUCGGAGAUAAACGAUCAGAAACCCUGGUUCAGCAUCCUUCCCAGAAUGCCUUGUGAUGAGACCUCUUUGACACGCUCACCUUUGAACAUAUCACAUCGGAUGCUGAACAACUCGCCUUUCAUUUUCCAGCCCAUGCCAUUCCAUGCCUUCCCUGUACGUAGCCCAGCAUUUGCUUCGUUUCAAAUGGGGCAGAUCCAAAGUAACCCGGUGGACUUUAACAUGAACAUGUUCAACAACAACACAAAUAAUUCCAACACCUAUUUCAAAGUGCCACCAGUUCCUCAAGAGGCUUCCUCCAUGAACAAUUCCUCCUCAUCCUCUCUCCUCCAAAAUUCCCCCUUAUUACCUGUAAUUGCACCUACGUCAAAUGGAAACGGACUCAUUGAUUCUGAUCCUGAAGGUCUGCUCAAAAGUUUACAAGGAGAGCUUAAACCUAUUCCAAAAGCUAUGAAAUCCGGCUGGUGGUAUCUAGCUGACCCAGAACAUUUAAAAGGCGUGCUGAAGUGCCUUCAUCCUCGCGGCAUACGGGAAAAGAACCUCCAGAAAGCUUUACAGAAAUAUUUUGACCAAGCCUGUCAGGCCUGCAAGAAGGAUAUGAGAGACGAACUCAAAAUCCAGGUGAGAGAGGAGUUUCAAUAUGUUUCCACAACUGGAGCCCCUCCACCAGAUUUAGACUCGAGUUGGAUGUCUGAUGUAGCUCACCAACUAGAGAACAGUGUCAUGGAAACCAUAGGAAAACUUGAAGAACGUGUGUUUUCUGCAAGUUUACAAGUUAAGCUACGUGACAAACAGGAUGGCCAAAACUGCAGCGUUUCAGCCAAGGGAUCAAAGUUAAAUCCGAAACCAGUUGCUCCACCCUCUGAAAGUGAUCCACCUCCAAAUCCAGGUGAAGAAGAAACAGAGGAGCAGAAGCAAAGUUUCUUAGAAGAUGCACAAAAACGACUCUUAAAAUUGGAACGAAAUAUUGAGCGGCGUUACUUAAAGCCACCAUUAUGUAAAAAAAUCCAGAUUAGUUUGUCUAAUAUUGCAUUAGCUGGAGAGAACCAAAAUAGUUCCCAUGAAAACAGAAAAGAUGAGGGGGAGGAAGACGUUCCACCUGGACUGCUUACCUGGCGAAAUGCCGUCCAUUCAGCCAAAUCUGUCGCUCAGUUAUCAAUAUGUGCUAACUUCUUGAUUAACUCUAUAGCAUGGGAAAAAUCAAUCAUGAAAGUGCUGUGUCAGAUCUGCCGUAAAGAUGACAAUGAAGCUGAGUUACUUCUCUGUGAUGGCUGUGAUAAAGGUUACCACACUUACUGCUUCAAGCCUAAAAUGGAAACUAUUCCUGAUGGUGACUGGUACUGUUAUGAAUGUAUUUCCAAAGCUACUGGAGUCCCUUGCUGUGUUGCUUGUGGCAAGAAAAAUGGAAAACUGGCAACUUGUGAUGAAUGCCCUCGAGCUUUUCACAUAGAUUGUUUAAUUCCUCCAUUGCAAAGGUUACCAAAAAAGUGGUUAUGUGCAUCCUGUGUGGCUGGAAAGGUAAGCAUCUUGUUUCUGUUUUAUCUUGGAGAAGUUGGUACAACUAUAGGACCAAGUGUAGCCAGACUCUUCUUGGCAACAUUGCACACCAAAUCAGACGAAGAAAAGAAAAAGGAACAAUUUGCUAAAGAAAUGGCAUGUUGCAAAACCAUUCUUUUGGAACUGGAAAAAAACAAAAAUGGUUGGCCAUUUUUGCAACCUGUGAAUUUAAAACAGUUUCCAUCUUAUAAGAAAUAUAUAAAGAAACCAAUGGAUUUUAAUUCAAUGAAAAUAAAACUCAGGGAUAAUCAGUAA